AUGUACAUAUCCUCGUUCGCUGGGACAGGAGGAUUUGCGUCAGAGGACGAAGAAGGGAAACGACGAAGAGAGCAAGCGAGAGACUUGGUUCGUAAUUUGUUAGACGCGUCAUUCUUAUCGUCAAAUACUAAUGGAUGCAAACUUAUUCCGUGCGAUCGACCACCGUCGUCUUUAUUAACAGGGUCUUUGCAACUGACGUAUCGAGAACGCUCGGUCCCAGAUGUUGAAAAUUCCUUUAUGCACAAAUGUCAAUUAGUUUCGUCUGCUUCAUCGUCACCACCCAUGGCAAGAAGAUUUAGGUGUAGAAAAGCGAACAAAUACAUCGCACAUUUGUUCUUUCAGAUUUCAAAGCACAGUGCUGAGGCGGAUAUUCAGCUUUCUCGUUUCGAUUUGUUUCAUGGACACGUGUUCAAAAACGAAGACGUCGUUGGCAUUUUAUUUCACGCAAAAGAGUACUGUCGCUUCGACGAGAAUACGUUCAAUGUGGAUUUGGGGUACUGUCAAAUUGAGAGCUAUGUUAAAUAUAACCCAAAACAAAUGGAAAAGAGAAAUAUUAUAUGGGUAGCUUCUCUCCAAAGAGGAGGAGGAGGAGGAGGAGGAGGAGAAGGAAGAGACGAUGAGUUGCGCUACUCCAUGGCAGUUCUCGAUACUUCUCACUACUCCGAGCUCCUCUUCUCAGGUCAAUCAGACUUUCAUACAGUAUACGAAGGCGACUUCGGCGACGUUCUAGGUGACGUGUUCUAUUUCGAUGCGUUGAAAAAUCGGAAACCUCAGGAGCGAGUUAUUGUUGCAACAUCGACUAGUGCUAAAAAUAGAAAGAAAGAAGGAAGUUUUGAGAUUUGA